UUCAAACUGAAUGACAUGAAAUAUUAAUUAUAAAUGUCAUAAGGAACACGUUGUAUUAUUCAAUUUCAUGAAGUAAAACUAUUAAAUUUAAAAUUUUGUAUAAGAGCUCCCUCCAUUUUUACUCUAAUGUUCAUCAGCUACAAAAAUCUGACCAGACAAAGUAACUGAUGUCGAAUAUAACUGUUAUAUACUGAUUUAUUCUUAUCUAAUGAAUAAUUUUCAUUAUCGACUUUCGAUUUUAGAAUUAAAAUAGAAUUUUCCCAUCGAAUCUUAAAACAAAUUGUUAAAACAAAAUCAAUAUUACGGUCAACAUCAAAAAUUGAUAAAGCCGCUUCAACAAAUUCCAACACUCUUAUUGUGGAUAAUUUAUGCCAUUGCAUUAAAAUUCAUUAGAAGCAAUGGACGAAUUUACUAUUGAAUUAGAUACAAAAGAUAAUAUUUCAGUCAAAUGUGAAGGAAAUAUUGAUCUCUCCAAAGAUAGGGAAGAAGGUGAAAUUACAGAAGAUGAGAUAAAUGAAAAUGUUAUAAGUAUCAAUUGUGAUAACAAUAAAGUUACAAACAAUGACAUUCAAAUUGGAACUCAAUAUUACAAAGAAUUUCAAGGUUAUACUAAAAAAAUGAAUAGCAGAAGAUACUAUUACAAAUUCAAUAUGAAAAAAUCAACACACUAUUCCAGAUAUUCCAAUUACAAACAACAACAUAAAGAAUUCUUCAAUCAUCAAAGAGGUGUCAAGAACUUUUCUGGUCAAUUUGAAUUUCUUAAUCAUCAAACAUUAAAUCAGAAAAAAACAAAUUUUCUAUUAUACAAAAAUCAAAAUACUAGGUCGAGUAAUAAAAUCUCAUCAUUUUAUGAAAGUCAUAAGACAUUAUCAUCUUUAAGAAAUCAUCUAGUACCACAGUAUUCUAGUGGAUAUAUACCAUUUAUAAACAAUAACUUUCAUAACCAAUAUCAAGAUAGCAAUCUGACAUUUCAAAAAACUUCUUUUGGUCCUAGUAUUACCCAAACUCAUUCAUACUUGAGAAAUCACUAUCAAAAUGAUUUCUUGUCAACAUCACAAGCUUAUAAAGAUAAACCUUUAUCAUUAAUAGUUAAUCCAUCUUUAAUUAACUACUCAUCUCAACCAAAUGAUCCUACAAAUAAUUUACAAAAUUCAAAUAUAAAUGUUGAAAUGUCAACAAAAUCACUUUUUAAAAAUACUUCACCGUGUAUUAAAACUGAAUUAAUAAAAGAAAUUGAAGAAGGUGAAUUACGACCAAAGGAAAAGACAGUUAAAAUCUUAAUGAAAAGUGAAGUAAAGGAUGAAAUUCCAACUGUUAAUGAAGUAAUGGAAGAAAUUCCACUUAUAAAUAUCAUAAAAACUGAAGAUAGAAAUGACUGUGCUGAAAUGACUCAGAAUUUAAUAUCCGAUACUUUAAGUGAUUGUUCAGUAAUAAUUAGAGUGUUAAGAUCCAUGUCAAUUGGAGAGAUAACAGGAAUUAUGGAAAAACAUGAAAUGAGAAUCAAAGAGUUUAAGUGGUUAAAUGAAAAAUAUCAAACAGCUUGUGUUACUUAUUUUAAUCGAAAUAUAGCUUUACAAAUUUAUCAACAAUACCUAAAGAAAGAAUCUUGAUUUGCUGUAUUGCAUAUAUUUACAUAAGGAUAUUUUUUUAGUUAAUUUAUGAAUAAAUUAUAUUAUGUUAAGCAAUAAAAAUAAUUUUCAAGUAAUUAUUAAUUAAAAUAUACUAAUAUUAUGGCUUUGUUAAAAAUUAUUAUUCUAAUUAUCUGUGUAAUUUUGUAUGAAAAAAAGUUAAUGUGUAUUUUUUUAAAAUAAUUUUUGUUGUAAAUAUAUUAAUUAAUCUCUUUUGCUAUAUGUUAUUGUAAGUAUUAACUGUAGUCAAAUAAAUAAAUCUGGUGUU